GUACACAAAUAUGGUUAUUAGAUCAAUGUAAUUUCAGGUAACUUGUUUUUUUUUUUCAAUCAUUUUGUAAAAACCAGGGUGAGUUAUACACAAGUUUCAAUGUUUUUUUUUUUCAUCUGCAAGAGCAGUGCGCAUUUAAGCUUGCAUGCAGCUUGAGCGCCGUGAUGGGCGAGUGUGCCAAGCAUUUUAUUAUGAAAUACACUUUUUUGGGGAAAAUAUUUAUCUCACACGGUAAAAAUACUGAUUUUUUUUGUCAAAAUACUGAUUUUGGGGGAUAAGAAUACUGAAAAUGCAAAAUACAACUUGGCAGCUCUGCCCCCUUCUCUUGCCCAUGCAAUGAAUGAUACUAUAAUGAAAAUAUUACUAUGCCCUUCAAAGAGGUUUAUAUUGUACUAUGUACCAUGAUCAAUACAUCGUGAUCACCUUUCCCUUCCAUCUGGUUUGCUAUAUUGAAUGAUCCUUGAAUUUAUAACAGGUGAUUGGAUUUGGACUUUUACCGUAGUCAUUUAUUAUUUAGUUUCAGACAGGAUGUAGAUUCUGAACCACUGCAAACAUGGUGAAAAUAUUAGCAUUUACAUUUAUGAAGCUGUCACAUUCCCUGCAUUUUAUGAAUCAAUUUAAUCCUAGUUCAAAAUAUAUUUUUGACUUGAAAUUUGAAGGAAAAAAAACAUGUAUGAUAUAAAUAUAUGAUAUCCAAGUCCUCUGUACGUGUAAAUUCAUAGGGACGUUAUAUCAUAAUGUGGUAUAUGCGUUGUGCACUAUACAAGAACUGUGUUUAUUUGAUAAUGAAUGUCCUUGAAUUUUGGUUGUCCUGAAAAUUGAAAAAGUAAAAUUGACAUGAGCAUUCUCUACAAGUUACAUGUAGGUCUAUAUUGUUGGGGUGCAACCUAGAUUUAUCAGGGAAUAGUUAGACUAAUACCUUGGUCUGAUUAUCAGCAAACCACCCAUUCUCUCUGGUUUGAAACUUGAUCGUAAUUCUUUGAAUUAUUUUGAAUGAUCAAGGAUCUGACCUUUGGACAUGACAAUGUACUCCGUUCCAUUGCCUUUCUCUUAUCACACAAAACAGCAUUCCAUUCCCAGUGUAUAAUUUGUAACAUCGCAUUGUGAGAUUAAUUUGAUAGAACUACGCUGUAUCAGUUACUAUUGGUUUUUAAAGACCAUGUUCUUGUUGACAGUAUCUGAUAAGAUCAUUGAUAAUUUUCUUUUGUCAUUGUUUUGGAUUUGAACUUGGGAUCUGACUUUGUACUUUUGACUAUUUUAGGUGGGGGGGGGGCAUACUAGUAGUUUAACAACACGGUCACAACCUUUCUAAAGUGAUAAAUGCUAUUGGCAUGUUUUGAUGGGUUGUAACUUGUAUUUGAACUUGUACUUAUUAUCACAUAGUAAAACCCUCCCCCUUUUCAUUUCAACCUGAUGGUCAUAAAUGAAUGAAAAUUCCAUAACCAGAUAAAUAUUGUAAAAAUAUUGGCAUGAUAACAAUGUACAUUGAAAAUUGAAGGAAAACAAAAACACUUCCACCACCAUCAUUGAACAUUGCUCGUAAAGUACCAUGCAUUAAUGUAUAGUCUGAAUAAUAUGAAAUUGGGACUGUGUUUUCUAUUUGUCAUCACUGACGUAUCACAAUUCUUUUAUAUACACAUGCGAGUGUGCUUAGUAUCACUGAGCUCUGAAAGUCACACAGCUCAUUGAAGGUCAUGUCUUCAUGAAUGAUAACGGAAGGACAUUUCUUGUGAUCAUAUGAUCGCAAAUUGACCUCAUUUGUUUAAUAGAUCACAUGUUGCAGUGUUUAUAUGAAUGAAGGUGAACGAAAAGACAUGGUUUAGAUUGUGAGGAUGAUUUGGAAAGACUAAGUAUUUGCUUUGAUGAAAGUGUUUGAGUGGGGUUUUUGUCGGAUGGAUCAAGACAAAAGGAUCGAGAGAUACUGUCUGUGCUAAUAGGCAUUGUAGGAAUUAAAGCAAUUUGUUGUAUUCUAUUUAAUGAGUUUUAUUUAAGUAAUGCAUGUCAAUAUACAUAAUUCUAAAAGUAUUUAUUUGUGUUUAAUGUUUGCAAUUAUUCUUCUAUCCAAAUACUAGUAAUAAGUAUUGCUACUCAACAUUAUGAUUUGACAACAUCAUAACAUUAUGACAAGAUCCAAGAUUUUUUUUAAACAUCGUAUUCCUUGCUGUUGAAAAUCUAACCGUAAAAUCUCUUCUUGACCUUUGACCUACAGCCGAUGACCGACCACCUUGAUGGCUUAUCUUCCUCCAGCUACUACGAGUAUGAUUACCUGUUUGACGAUGACCCGCUGCUCUCCUCCGACAAGAUGGUGUCGGGAGAAUCCAUUGAUCCGUCGCCGCCCCACAUCACCGACGAGCAUAGCUACUCUAUGAUGAGUGAACCCAAUUCGCCCAUGAUGAAGGAGAUUAAGCAAGAAGAUGAUUUGGACAGCAACUACGAUCCCGAAGGCCUCGAUGACAUGCUUCCCGUUUCUCCGGAGACCGAGGACCACCAACAUAUCUCCUUACUCUCGUCAAACCAGCACACCACCGCCACCACGCCCGCCGGCUUGACCACCGGCUAUCUACUCAUGGACAAGCUGACCGGCGUCAAAUCCAUCUUGACCACUGCCAAUCGGACAUCACUGACCAGAAACGGAGAACUGAAACCAACGUUGACCACCUUGCAGCAGAAGCAGGAAGGCUCGAAGAUCAAGCUGGAAUUGGUGACGAUGAUGAAUGUGGAUAAUGGACUGGAUACGAAUCAUCAGAUGCCACCGACACCACCGGGUAGUACUGCCAGCGACAGCGACGGGAGCGAGAGCCCACAGAGGUCCACGCCCUCGUCACCCCGUGCCUUACCCAUCCAACCUGCCAAGAGAUCAAUCUGCCGAACCGUCUCUCCUCAGCUCUUCACCAACAUCCAGAAACUGCCCCAAUCUGGACCCCUGCACCUGACGGAGGAAGAGAAGAGGACCCUGAGACAGGAAGGCUACCCAAUUCCAACCAAAUUACCCCUCACCAAGGCUGAAGAAAAAUCCCUCAAGAAAGUCCGCAGGAAAAUCAAGAACAAGAUCUCAGCUCAGGAAAGUCGACGGAAGAAGAAGGAAUACCUGGAAGCUCUAGAAAAAAGAAUGGAUUCAUACACGAGCGAGAACACGGAACUGAAACGCAAAGUCGAGAACCUAGAGAACACCAACCAAUCGCUCGUCUCACAGCUCUCCAAACUUCAGUCUAUCGUCAACAAGAUCUCCAAGCCUAUCAAAGCUCAUUCAACUCAGACCGGUACUUGCCUCAUGGUUUUAGUUUUAUGUUUUGCAGUCUUCCUGGGAUCCUGGACCCCCCAUUCUUUCUUGAGCAGUAACCAACACCUGCCCAAGAUCUUCUCUUCGUCCCCGCCCAACAACGACAUGCCACACCCAUUCUUUGGUCCCUAUGGUAACAACAUUCAGUACUCCGCCCCCAGUUUCCAUGGCGACAAUGACGAGGACCAGCCGGACCCGAUUUUCAGGAUGUACGGUCCCAAGCCAGCGUACGGUUCAGACGACGAAGACCCCUAUGCCACCAACUCUAUGCGCUCAUCUCGCACCCUGCUCUCGUACCAAGACGAAGAAGAUGCCUUCGCAGGCGUUGAUCAUCGUUACCAUGACGAUAGCCACGCCCUCCUUGACAACAUAGCCCCAGAAGCCCCGAGCUUUGCCAAGAUGGCUGCCGCCAUGAUGACGGGGCAGGGGUCGGAGGUCGCUGGUGUGGAGAGCGAAGAGACCGGCUACGAGGCCUACAUCAUGCACCCUGAUAUGGAAGCCAAGAUCAUUCCUGUCGAUACGAUGGCCCUCAUCAACCGCUCCUCUAACAAGUGAAUUAACAUCUCUUUGCAUGAAGCAAACAUUCUCCUUGGUCUGUGUAGAAACGUAAUACCUCGCUAAGUCAUUUAUCUUUUAAAAUAAAUUAACAUCAUUUUAUAGAGAUGAGAUAAUCGGUAGGCUGUUGGUGUAAUGUUUAUCGGAAAGCUGGAGCUUAUAGGUUGGAUUAGAUCGGCCAAACUGUUACUGCUGCCAUUAAGAGUUAUGUCUCACCCUUUUUUUGAGCUUCCAGAAUAAGUAUUUGGCGUAUAUUCUUUCUUUGCUGGCAUUUUAAUAGAAUACAAAUUAGAAAGAACGUCUGCUUUAUUCUCAAUCCAGUUAAGGUGUGUCCGCAUUGUCCAAUCACUUCGAACAGGUGAAGUUUAAAGACCGUUGGAACAAUGAAAUAGCUAAUUAUAUUUAAAGACUGUAUACCCCCGGUAAACUUGGUUGUUUUUAAGGGAGCUUGAUUUUUGGCCGCCAUCUAGCCAUGAAAGUAACUUGAAAAUGAGUGCUUGAGGGUGAGUCAAUUUUGUGACUUGAGGUUGUGAAUGGUAGGCAGUCAUGUCUCCUUGGCUCGACGUGUGGUUCAGGCCCAGAUUGGGUUUCGAACCAAGAACCUGCGCCGCGCCAUGUUAGUGUUGGAUGGAGUUGCCCUUGUCAUAGGAAUGCUAUGUCUAGUUUAUCUAGUAAGAUCAGCCACUGCCUUUAAAUGUUUGAUAAUAUCUAUUUAACUCACAGAAUUGUUUAUCAGUCAAUUUGUGAAUAUAAAUAAAUAAAGGAGGGGUGAUGUUUCAGUUAAUUGCUCCAAUCUGAAUACAGAAUAUUAAUUUAUUUCCAAGGAAGACAGUGAGUGACUAUUCAAUUGGGUAUGGAUAAAAAGUAUAACUUGUGCCUUGUCGUAUUUUAAUUUAGAAGAUUAUUUGAAUCUUCAUAAAGUAUGUAUAUGUGAUAUUGAUAAUGGAUUUGAAAUUAAAUGAAUAAUGAAUUAUUGGCAAUCAUGGCCAUUGAAAUGAAAACUGAGAAACGAUCUCUGGAAAAAAAAAAGAGAAAUGAUUUCUUGGUCAAAAAGUAUUAAUGAUUAUGUAUUCCAAGUGAGGAUCGAACAUUAUAUGAAUGGUAAUAUAUUACUUAAGGAUCAUGGCUUGUUAAUUAAUUCUAAUAGUAAUUUUGUGUGCAUCGUUAUGAUGUUAAUAUUCAGGUUUGUUAGAUGAACAAAAAAAAACAUACCUACCACAAUAGACAUGUAGAAACUCAGUUAGCCUUUGAAAAGCUGUUUUUAUUAUUAUUGUAAUGCUGCCGGCCUCAAGAUUUGUCUGAGGAAUAGUUUUCCCCUAACCAAGGUUUGUAAGAAAGUAUGAUUAUGGAUCAUUCCUUGUAAAUGUUUUGAUAAAUAAUGGCAAAUCAGAAAAUCACUAUAUAGCAGAUAGAUGUUGGAUAGAAUAUGCAGAUGUAUCUGUUCAAGUUGAAUCCUUCGGGACUUUAGAAAUCUGUUAGAUUUUGGCAAAUUUGACGUGCAAAUGAUCCACAAAGUUUUGAGGAAUGGUCAAUAAUUAUGAUUUGAACAUAGCUUCAAAGUUUCAAAACACUUUAAUAUUUUGCUUUCAACGAUUCAGUACGAGUAUCGGCUCCCUUUUGCUCUGCAUUUAAUUUAGUAUUUAUGCCAUGGUGCUUAAUAUUCAGUCAGGGAAAAAACUGAUUAUUUUUAAUUAUUUUUUUUGUUUUAAACAAUGAGAGAAAAUGGGUGUUAGUGUGAUGUAGAAUUUGUAGAUAGAUAAGUAUAUAUACAUAUUAAUAUUUAUUUGUUUUUGUUUUCCAUCUUUUUUUAGGAGAAUUCAGGGUUGUGCUCUUAUUUCCAGGGGAGCCUUUCAUGAAACAAAUUUUCAGUGAUUUUCACUGACAAUGUUGGUCUGAGCCAAUCAGCUGCCAGGAUUUCUGUAGCUUAUAACAAAUAGUCCGUGAAAAUCAGACUAAAUGUUUCAUGACAUUUUUUUCCUAGAUGUGAACAGAUAUGUUCUUAUUUUAAUGUUUAUUUUCCCUUUUUUACCUUUAAUUUUGAGGAUUUUUUUUUUAAUUUCUUGUUUUAUUGGUAGUGGAAAGUCCACUCUUCUUUUAUCUUCUUGUGCCAAACAACAGCUGAAUGUGUUAUUAAUGUUUAUUCAUGAGUGACUAGGAAAUGAGAUAAUUAUGAAUAUUAAUUAGUGAAUUAUGAAUAUUUAUGAGAACUAUUGUGUGAAACAUUCAUAAUGUAGAAACAAAAGAGUAACCCUGUGUAUGAAUUGCCAAAAUAAGUAAACUGCCUAUUUUGUCUGUUACAUUAAAAAAAGGUUAGAUAUAUGUAUGCCCCUGUUUGUUUUAUUAAUAGUCUAGUCGUUAGGCAGAGUUUUUGUUAUUUAAAAUUAAAUAUGUCUAAUGUAAGUAGCGACUUGCAAGGCGUGUGCAGGUCACAGAUGCCUAUUUUCUAAAUUAUUUUUUGUUAGGAAAAAAGAGGGAUUUUGUUGAUCUGAUAUUCCAUUCCUUGGGUGGUGAUAUAACCACAUAUUUGUUAUUUAUAAUAAUCAUGAUAAAUAAGUAAAGUUGCCUGUAUCAUCUGUUCAUUAUGUAAAUGAAAUUUGAUAAUUUGGUGAAUAUUAAAAAAAAAGUUUCUGAGACCAACACCUGUCUGGGAAUUUCCUACAAUAGUUGUACUUUAUGGGAAAUGUUUUUAUUAUUUUCAAAUGUCAUUUCUAUUUCUUUUAAAAGGUCUAUCCUUAGAGGUGUAUUAGAAAAAUGUUUGGUUUUAUUUUAUUGGUGUUAUAUUGAUUUCAACAGGAGUUUUUAUUAUUAUUAUUUUCAAUUGUUCUUUUUUAGCAUUUUUAAAACGCCUAUCUUUAGAGGUGUAUUAGAAAGUUGUUGGGGUUUGUUUUUAUUUGGGGUUUUAUUGAUUUGAAAAGGAAACUAUUGUUACAUGGUGUCAGCUUAAGGUGUGCAGUAUUACGUUCAAUUAAUUGAUUCAUUAAUCAAAGAAAGAAAAGUGCCUUAUUGAAUCUCGCUCAGAAAGUGUAGUUAGGAAAAUUAUUUGUUUCACUUUUUACUCUCCUCUUUGCUUUCAUUCUUUUAUAUUUCAAAUUCUCUCAAUUUAUGUAAACUUCUGUAGAUAACUGUACAUAAAUAAAAUCAUAUAUGAAUAUUUUCUUUUUCUGAAUUCUGUUUAGUUUGAGCCAUACACUUGAAAAACUGGCAAUGGCUGAACAAACUCUGCUUAUUUCUGAGGAUUAUUUCGUGAAAUUGUAUAUACAUCUCGAUUGAUAAAUCAUUACUAUUAAGCCUUGACAGUAUAAUUUCUCAUAUGUAAUCGUCUCUUUAUUUCUUGUGGAAUAUUUAUAAUCACAAUCAUGAAUGUCUUAUUUUCAAAUUGUACUAAUUCGUGGCAUAACUCACAUUUUUGUUUGGAAAGAAAUUCCCAGGGGUUACACACAUAUGUGUACCUUUAGGAAUGGGUGGGAAAAAGAUUUUUUGCUGAAAAGGCUUCCAGUUUUUGUUUAAAAGUAUAUUUUUAAAUGUUUGCCCAAGAUAAAAUACAAUUGAUGAAAAAAAAUCUACAAAAUGAUAUUCUACUGUGGUUUACAUUGUAUUGAAUUGUAAAUAAAAUGUAUUUCCAUUAGUAUUGUAAAAGA